CUUAACUCACUUGCCUGUAAUAGCUUGAUCGGGGCAUUGAACCUUCGCUCAAUGAUGCAUCCUCCAGGCCACCAUCACUUGUUCGAUUUCACAACCCAUUGGCACGCCAAUCGGCUACCACCAUACUAUCAACUGCUUCACUCACUACUUUUUUGUCCUUUCGUUCAUCUUGGUUGCGUAGUCGCUCAGCGACCCUUGCGGCGAUGGAUUCAUUCUACCCCGGGUCCCUCCCGUACAGGACCUUUACGGUUCAGGCAUUUUGUGAAAGUUUGCGCAAGAGUCCUCUUGCUGCCGAUGCUAAGAUCAUAUCGGUUCAGCGUUAUGGCGAUUGUUAUGGGAUACCACACCGAUUCCUUAUCUUUCAUGUUGAUCGGACCGGCAGGAAGGCCUUCUACCUUCGAUUAGAUCGCAAACGGGACCAUACUAGCUCAUCGUGGAAAUUCUGGCGGCGGGAUUCUGAGACCUCCGAUGCAAGUGAUACGGCUGCUAUCUCCGGUCGAGUUGACCACCUUCUAGAUUAUACGAAUAAGAAAGCCGGAGCAGAGGCCGUCAUCAUCUUCCCGACUCCAGCGCCUCUUAUUGCAGCAGCGCAAAUUCUGGAUGCUGUUACAGCAGAGUCUCCCAGGUUUAAGCUAACUAAGGGCAACUGCUGGUUUUUUAGUUCUACUAUUCAGGAGAUGUUAACGCUGAAGUUUGGUGGCCAGUACGGGAUUGGAUCCCUUAACCACCCAAAAAUUGGAGCCGAGUGCCGAGGCCGCAUUAAGCUUCGGGUGAACUCCCGCAUUGUAGGCGAAAUGGUAUCUACUAGUCAGGACGUUGCUGUGAGGGCAAAUACCCCUGACAGUGAGGUAACCGUGAGGAAGACGGUUUCUUUGGUUCCCGAGACCUCGUCCGCGCAAGGCAGUAUGCAAACUGUUCGUGAUGCUGCGAGUUCAUUCAAUGCGACGGCAAGAAUGGAUGCGACGACUGCUCAUGACAUGCUCUGCGCAGAGUUUGCAAAGGCACAAUCAUCGAAUCUUGAUGGCAACAUCGAUUAUGAUCUUAGGCGGCGUAAGGGCCGAGGCGCCUUUGGGGACGUCUACAAGGGAAAAUAUGCUGCUAGUUUCGUGUGUGUGAAAGUGCUCAGCACAAGAGUAACCGCUCUGGAGCCAGAACGAUGGAAAAAGUUCCUUAGAGUAAGUUCUCCCUCGUGAAGUGAAGAUAUGGCACGGUUUGGAUCAUCAAAAUGUCGUAAAAUUUAUCGGUUGGACCUCGAGGGUCUGUGAAGAUACAUUGACA